CAACUGCCUAGAUGUGAACUCGUAAUCCUUCCUUGCUCUACUGACCGUCUCAUCCGAGGCCUUUUAACCUUCUGUGCACCUUGAUUGAGGAACGAUCCCGACUUAUCCACUGCGGAAGUUUUAUAUAACGGUCUGUAUCGCUUUCGACCGCUAAGGUUCAUCGCAAACUAGCCGUUGGAGCUACCCCCCCGCACGCAUAUUCGGCAGCGUAGUCUUACCUCAGGCACGAUAUAGGGUAGGUUAUUUGACAUUUCUACACCUCCCCUCUUUGCUGCUAUUAAUUACCAGCCAUUCUUUAGUUCCUGCCUCAGAUGUUCGAAUCGUGAACAGGCCAUAGGCCUUGUUGCUACCCCAACAACGUACCCCCUUCAACACAAUAUGGGUAACGCCAGUAGUUCGCCGACCACCGGCCAUCAUAAUCGUCUUUCCAAACCGAAAACGAACACCAACUCUCCACAUGGCACUCCCAAGGUCAAUGUCCCUGUCUCGGUCUACUCGAACAGUGCAGACUCAAGUGUUCGGGACAAACAGCAAUUCAAGACCCUCCUCACAUCGCCUGUUGUAACAGACUUUGAUUCAGAUGCUUCCCCAGAUGGCGACGAUACUUUGGGAGAUCUUGCAAACCAUGUCCAACGGCGCUUAUCAACACUUUCGGGAUCAAACUCCAUCACCUCGCAUCGGGGAGGCGGUAGAAAUUCUCUCGGGAGGAUCAUUAGUCCGCAUGGGUCCAAAUUGUCUUUGGCUUCGAACUCCCAGUCUGUGGACCUGGACACUGCAUUGAAGAUCUUGCAGGAGGUCAGGAAGACGGCCUCGCCGGAGGAUCUUGUAGCUCUACACCAGGCUCUUCAAGAGACUGUACCUCCAUCCUCAGUUUCGCCCACCCCAGAUAAUAGCUUACGUGGGCGAACAUCCACAGUGAACCGCUCCUCAUCUUCACUCAUACGACGACGCUCUUUGAUUGCAACGCCAGGCCUGGCUACGAGAGGUUCGCCCACAGAUACCAGUCGGAGAACGUGGAACUCGUGGAAGGGUACAGAUAUGGAACAAUCAGAAGAUCCAAAAUGGAAGGUCGGCAUGAUGGGCAACUCGCCGCUCACUCGCAUUGCUGCAUUGGAUUUGGCCGAAGAUGGUCGAGAAUCACCAGUCCCGAGGGCGCAGACACCUGGAGAUAUGGAAUACUCUCAUUUAGGGUCCCUACAACUAGGCUCCCUCAUUGUGACUAAUGGAGCUGCGUCGCCUGCCGGUAGUGCUAGAUACGUUUCGCGUCGUAAAUCUGCCAUUGACGUAACUCAUGGAGAGGAUUAUUUCGCAUCCACCAGUGGGAACGCAAGCACCGAGCCGAAAACCCGUGAUCGCUCACAUUCUAGGAGCAAGUCCUCCGUCUUGCCACCUACGUUCCAGCUACACCCAGAUCAAUACAUCGCCAGACCAAAGGCAAACACUAAAGCAAGUCGGAGGGUUGAGAACUCAUUGCAGCCAGGCACUGUGGGGCCGCGAACCCGAUCUGACCACAGUGGAUUAAAAGCUAUCCAGAUUCCGACUCAGAGCGCGGAUCUCCUUGCAAAAGAUUAUAUGUUGAAUAUUCCUGCCAGUCCGUUCGAGAAUCCCCGGGAUGACACACCAGAUGAAGGCUUUGCUGAUGGCCCAUUGGAAAAUGCAUCUCAACCCAUUCAAAAUCUCGCUCCUGCCUCAGACGCAAAGAGUCCAAGAGAUUCGAUAAAAUCACAGAUUACACGUAAACCCUCUGCCCGAGAUCGAGCCAAUUACGCAAUGCUCAAUUGUAUGGGAGGGCAACAAGUCAAUGCAGAAAUCGAUGGACCCGAUGCAGCAAAAUUGACGACCAAAGGCUCGAACCAAGAGGCACGCAUUGAAGUUCCUCCAGCUGAAAGAAGGAGAAGCAGAAGACCUGUUCCCAGGAAAGCCGACUCCGGAUAUUCGUCGGGUGGUAGCCUGCGAACAAAUCGAACCUCCUCAGACAAAGGUGAUCGUGGUCACGCUCCCGAGAAGCCCUCAACUUCUGUUGUGGAAGCCCGAACCGAAAAUGGUACCGAAAGUGAUACUGUCAGUUUGUAUACGUUCGAGCAGAUGCUAGCACUCACCCAGAAGCCUCUACCGCCACUGCCGAGUAUCGACAAUAGCAACGAAAAGCAAGGCCAUUACGACGAAUCGACGGUCUUUUGGUACGACGAAGGCAAGAUAUUGCCGACUCAGGAGGUAAAAGAAGUUACAUUUGGUCGUAAUUCAGUUGAACCCUCACCCAUCUCGCCCCGGACUAUACAGUCAGCUGCUUCGUUUUGCACCACUGAUAGUUCGGCCUCGAGGCGACUGCAGAAGCGGAGACCUUCGUUGCAAGAACUCCCUGUAGUCCAGUCAUGCUCACCUAUAGUUGAAGGAAGCAUUCCUCGCGUGCCUUCGCCCGUUCGAGCCCAAUUUGUUCGACGCCUUUCAGAGGCACCUGAAAUGGAGUGUCUCACCAGGACAUAUCUGUCGAAGGAACAUGUGAACUCUGCUGAAAUUGUCGUUGACUCGCCCACAGCUCUGGCAUUCGAACGGUCUCAUUUCCAGUUUGCACAGCAAGAAGAGGUAUCUGGAAGUCAGGCUGAUCGUGCUCCCACCCCGCCACUUCACGGUGUUCGCCGCAGCCUUUCUAUAUUCCGAGGGAAGACUGACUCUGAGCGAAAGAGUCUUGAUAAAGCCGCACCUACAAUUCUUGACUUGGGUACCAUAGCCCAGGGGCUUGGUGGUUCGCCCUAUGAUGUUGCAAUGGCCACAGUGCCCAGACAGAGAGUCACAUCACCGACGCAUCCGCAUCAGCUUGGUAAUUCAUUGCCGCGUUGCAAGUCCUUGGUCAGCAUGGACGCCGAGACGGCCGCUGAAAUAGCUCGGGUACGAAGUAAAGACCGCUCUGCUGCUGCCAUUCGUCCUGAAAUGCCUCGACGACCUCGCAGCUAUCAUGAUGGGCAUAAGAAUUCGGCAGUGCAGCAGCAGGAGCAACACUCGUCUUCUGAGGCACAUAAAGGCCGGUAUUACGCUAGAAAACAGCAGGAAGCAACUCCACACCCUCACGGAUCAAAUGUCGCGGUGUCUCAGGGAGCUUCCCCUCAUUCAACUCAACACCACAGCGAAAAUGCCGCGUUGAACGCGCCGACAGAGGACAUACACGCACCCGGAAAUAGUGUGAACCCAACCAUCCGGGCUCGUUCCACCGGUCGUGGUCCUGUAGUUUCCAACUUGAUCGUGAAGUAUGAUCAGCAUGGUCAGAAAACCACUCAGGGAACGCCAGACUGGGACGCGCAUGCUCGUUUGUGGCAGCAGCGCCGCAAAUCGAUAGGCGAGGGCCUUCGGCAACGAGCUGAUGCACAUUCUGCCGACCCAUCCAGGAAGUAUCAGAGAGCAUCUACUGAGCCGCCUGAAGAGAAAAUCGUACACGACCGUUACGGUGGCGGUCUUGAGUACGGGUAUGAGCGUGGCUACGGCGUCGGUGGCAGUGCAGGCACCAGGCAGCUGCACAGCGCUGCCAGCCGCAAGAGCAUGCAGUAUCGGCACAAGUUUGGGGUGGACUUGUCCGACGUGCCCAUCUUCAUCCAAAGGACGUAAGGUUGGGACUCGGGAGAUGAACUUAUGAAUCUCUAUGUUUGUUUGUUUGUUUACACGCAUAUAUACCAGCGCCAAUGUCGCACCAUUGUAUUCUUUAAAUUUUCCAUUCUACCGUAGGACGGCGCAUUUUGCACUUGGGCAUUUCAAUGCAUCUGGACUAGGGCACACGCAUAGUAUUUCAUGUCUAAGCAUAGGAUAACAGGCUGGUGUUGUUGGUCAUUGGGCUGCAUCUUUCGCAAUGUGAUGUAUUAUGGUAGUCUCAAGAUUCCACU